AUGAACCGGUUCCUCCUUGUGGGUACUCCUGUUGGUCUUCGUUGUCGCAUUGGGAGCUUGUUUGCGGUGGACGAUAAGUCUCUGGAUGUGACACCACCUCCUGGUGGCGUUGAAAGAUACUGGUCAUGGAAGCGUCUUUCUUCUCAGUUAUCUUGUUGGUUUACUGUUGAUUCCGCACGCUUCCUUCAUCGUGGAGACCAUGGGCUGGAUCUUCGAGAAAAGCUGGACAAUUUCUUACGUGAUCAGAAAGAGGACCCCGCACAAUGGCCUUACGCAUAUCUCCUGUGUGUUCCCCAGUUCUUGGGAUGGUCUCGCGCUGUUGUUUCUUGGUGGUAUCUCUAUAACGAGAAUCGGGAGAUCGAUGCGAUGAUUCUUGAAAUCAACAAUUCUUACUGGGAGAAAAGAAACAUUUUCCUGAGAGUGAACCCGACCUCCGAUGAUCUCAUCAAUUCCCCUCCAGAAUUGCCGGCGGAAUAUCUUGAUGAGUUGCAGUUGGCGCGCUCGUUAAUUUCUUUGCCCCGAGCCAAGUUUUACAAGGGAACCUGGAUCAAGAGCGUAUUUGCGUCCCCGUUCGAAAAGGUAGAUGGCCUUGUCUCCAAUAGGAUCAUGGAUCCUCUACAGCCAGGCGCCUGGAAACCGAAUACCUCUUUCUCCAAUAUGACGACGAUGGAAGAGGAUACUGGCGAGGUCCGCAUGGCUACCCGAUUGAUUUGUGAUGGUCCUCCGAUCGAUCCCACCAAAAUGACCACUUUUGAGGUGGCCAAGUUCGUCUUUCAAUGGACUCUACCAAAUAUGUUCACUACAGCGGAAAUCAUUUUCAAGGCCUUGAAAAUCAAAUUCUAUGGGAUGAUGAUCAUGAACAAGAAACCGCCCGUACGCAGCGGGAGUGUUGGUCGGCCGAUCACGAAGCUAGAAAGCGACUUUGAACGUGUCUUCCGCUCGUAUCUCACUACCUGUGUCGAGACUUUCCCAGAGCCCAUCGAGCUCACUUACUUUCCUUGUCGAUCAUUCACCAAUGAGAUUGUCCGCAUCCAGUCUCCUUCAUACAAGGCUUCUCUCUCCAUAGCACGCACACUGACAGUUGAGCCUGCUGAUCCGCGAUUCUACUCGAGAUUCACCACCUAUCUUGAUAUAUCGACGGCCUUGGCCCAGGAAACACAACCAGCAGGACUCGCCGCUGACCCCACUGCUCGGCCACUCAUUGUAUCUGACCUGCCCCUUCUUACUUCUAUACUUGAGUCGGGGUCCAGGGAAAAGCAUCUAUCCUGCGGUUCAAGCUGGAAAACAAAGCUUGUAUUUUCCUGGUGUCGGAACUCAGGUCUCACUUUCAUGGACAAGUUUGCUUUGUCUUUGUCCGAUAAAACUUCGCGCACAACUUAUCUCUCUUCGACUUUCCAUAUUGCGAGUGCGCGUAAGCUUGCAUUUGGCUCUCAAACGUUACUAGGGAUUUGGACAUUAAUGGCUUCGUGUUUGAUUCGAUGGUUCUUGUUACAAGGCCUCUUUGUUUGGUGCAGCACUUUAUCAUUUACUAGAAACGUUUAUUUUGUGGUGGCCAUUGCUGGAUACUUCUUUACCAUCAGCGCCUGGGAGAGAACAAAGGUCUGGCUUCUUCAAGAUUAG